AUGACUGAGUUCAUCCGUCAUGGUACAUAUGCGCUUGUGGGACGUUCUAUGUCUUUGGCUACUACUGGCUCUGCAGUCUCGUUUUUCCUGUCGAAAAGAUCAAACUCUUCAACAACCCCAUCAUCCACCAUGAGAGCCGCUCAGAUCUUGUUGAACCAAGCUAAGAAGAACGCCCGUCCUUCCGUUCCUAUUCCAGUGGAGAUGUACCCAUUGUUCGCCGCCUGUGGUGUGGCUGUGGUUUCCUUGGGUUACUUCACCUACAGACACUUUGCCUACGACAAGCAGCUCAGAUUGUGGAAGAACGCCGACCUCUCGCGUGUCGACGAGGUCUUGAACAAGGCUGCUGAGGAGGAGAAGAGCAAGUCCGACGAGUAA